UGACUAAUUUGACAACUAUCAAUUGAAGAUGAUUUUGUGUGUUCCUUCCACCUUGUGCUCAUAGCUACAGCGGAUGCGUCCAGCAUACCGUUGCUCAUGGUUGAAGUGGAGCUCGUGUGCACCCACCCCAUGCCGCUUCGCUUUCUACAUAGCAGACCCAACACAGGCGAAUUAAUUGAAUUCUUACAAUUUGUCUUAGCUUUGGAAGAUACAGAUACUCCAUAUACAUGCUGGUGAGAGGUAACAAUUACUCAAUGAUUAAUUGAGGCAUGCACAAGCUAAUUUGGACAUCACAUUGUGGUUAGCUAAAAAUUGCCUUAUCUGACGUUAGUGGACUUCAAACCCGUACGUAGUUUCACAUAUGCAGAGUCAACCAACCCAUUUAGUUCAAUGGUUACGGGCUAAACCAUAAACUUGAAGACAAUAAAUCAAAUGUGAAUCCCCCAGAUAAUGGGUUCUCUCAAAAAGAAAAUGUAAAAAGGUUGAACUAAGACGACUAUAGAGGGUUUGCUGAAGUUCCUUCACUUGGAUGAGUAGUGCAACUUCUCUAUGCAAUGUAUCUUUCUAGUUGAGCUCGAAUUGUCAAGCGCAAGUUCAACUUUGUCAUCCCCAACUCUUUUGCCUACUGCGGAGGUGCUUAGUUUCCUUUCUUUUUAAGUCCAGGCAUGAUGUUAUCUAGCAAAACAACUCAUCUUCAUGUGAAAAUGUACGAUUUUUUUAGAAGUCUACCAUUAUUAGAAAGAAAAUGUGGAAGCAAGCUUUAGAUGAAAGAAAUUCUUCAAAAAUCAUAAAAAGGGGCAUUGUCGACAUUUAAUGCGAGGACUAGUUUGUGGUCAAAAACAAGUUGGGGGGUAGCAAGAGAGAAAACAUACAGUUGCGGGAAUAGAACUAUAAUUAAUCUCCUUUCCUACUUACACGGGGCAGCUGUUAAAACAGCCCCUAUAAAUUGUGGAAGUAGUCGAAAUAGUACAAAUCAAAAUUCAAAAACAACGGUUAUCAUAAACCCCAGAUACCAAGAACUGUAUAGGGAAGGGAGCAGAAGGAUGGGCGUAAAGAACCUUUGGGACAUCUUAGAAUCUUGCAAGAAAACUCUUCCUCUUCAUCAUCUCCAGAACAAGAGGGUAUGUAUAGAUCUUUCUUGCUGGAUAGUUCAACUUCAAAAUGUCAACAAAUCCCACUGUGCCAUCAAAGACAAGCUUUAUCUCAGGGGUCUCUUCCACCGCCUUAGAGCUCUCACUGCUUUGAAUUGUAGCCUCAUUUUUGUCACCGAUGGAGCCAUUCCUGCUAUCAAAUCAUCUACUUAUAGAAAGCGACUAAAUCCUGGAAAUGUGCUCACUCAAGAUGAGGCGAUUAAACCGUCAUCAAUACGAAGAAAUGCAGGAUCUGAAUUUUCACGCAUGAUAAAGGAGGCUAAAGUUCUUGGAAAUGCACUUGGAAUUCCGUGCUUAGAUGGGAUUGAGGAGGCUGAAGCUCAAUGCGCACUAUUAAACUAUGAAUCAUUCUGUGAUGGAUGUUUCACAUCAGAUUCUGAUGCCUUCUUAUUUGGGGCAAGGACAGUGUAUAGAGAUAUUUGCCUUGGGGAAGGUGGGUAUCUUGUUUGCUAUGAAAUGGAUGAUAUUGAGAGAAAGCUUGGACUUGGAAGGAACUCCUUGAUAACGCUGGCUGUUAUUCUUGGUGGUGAUUACUCUGAAGGAGUUUAUGGGCUUGGUCGGGAAUCAGCUUGUCAGAUUGUUAAAUCAAUUGGUGAUAGUGCUGUUCUUCAAUGGAUUGCAUCAGAAGGAUUUUCCUUUGUAAAGAAGCAAAAAGGUUCUAAGAAACAGACUGAAAAUGACAAAUGCAAUGGUAGAGAAAAUGCUGCAGAGUAUAAAAAUCCUAACGGAAGCAAAUGCCCUUCACUAAUGAAAAUUCAGACGUUGCAAGUAUUAAAUGCAUAUCUGAAACCAAAGUGCCAUUCAGCAGAAUCUGAUGCUGUACAACGGAUUCUUGCAUUGUAUCCAUAUAGCCGCAGCCAGCUUCAGCAAAUAUGCACUGAAUUUCUUGAUUGGCCUCCUGAGAAGACAGACGAGUAUAUCCUUCCGAAGAUUGCUGAAAGGGAACUGCGGAGAUUCGCCAACUUGCGGUCCACUGCAUCACAAGUGGGAGUCCAGCUUCCAUUGAAUGAGAUGCCAAUAAAGUGUCCUUUAUCUCGAAUUAUAAAGCCGAGGAAAGUUCAAGGAGUAGAUUGCUUUGAGGUAUCUUGGGAAGAAAUGGAUGGACUUGAAACCUCUAUAGUACCAGCUGAUCUCGUUCAGAGGGCUUGUCCGGAAAGGAUUUUGGAGUUCCAGGAAAGACGAGCUCAAGGAAAGAAAAGAAAUAAUACUAGACCAAGACGACCUAGACUAGAGAAAACGCCACCAUUGGGUCAGAUAGAUCAAAAACUCGAAGACCUCUUGCUUGAGGUUGAUCAAGAAAGCUCUCUCGCUGACGAUGCCACAGUUUUAUGUGGAUCAGUAUCAGGGGAUGAUGAAAGCAUUGCUCAAAUUCAUGUAGACUCAAGCAUACAGACACAUAGUACGUGGAAUGGCAACAGUGUCAACAAGGGUUUUGCUUCUGGGAGAGCUUAUUGCCGAGAGGACGACAUUUUACCAGCUUUAUCUAAAGCUGAAGUAAUUGAUCUCACAAGUCCUCCACCAGUGCGGCAUGCUUCUGGGAAAUCUAAACACCAAGAUGACAACGUUGAAUGCAUUAAUGUAGUUGAGCUUAGUGAUUCAGAAAAUGAUAUGUUUUCCCCUGAACAUAUAAGGAGAGCCAGAGAACUGAGAAUGUUCAUUGCGGGAAUUAAGGACAACCUCUACUGAAAGUGACCGUGGAUAUUUUUCCGGUGUAAUGCGUGUGUAUGUGUAUAUCUAUUCUAAUGUUUAUCGUAAGUUGCCCAUCUCUGGCAA